GGGGCGCGCACGUUACCACGCAGUGUUUCUUAAAGAUUGUACGUGCUCUCUCCCGACAGACGACCCGCGCGGGUUUAGGCUCUUUGUGAGGAGGAGACGCUACCGGAUACCGGCAUUAUUCCCAGCAUGGCCGACGAUAAACCAAAGGAGAGCGUGAAGACUGAAAACAAUGACCACAUCAACCUGAAGGUCGCUGGCCAGGAUGGCUCUGUCGUCCAGUUCAAGAUCAAGAAACAUACACCACUCAACAAGCUCAUGAAGGCUUAUUGUGAACGACAGGGAUUGUCAAUGAGGCAAAUUAGAUUCCGGUUUGAUGGCCAGCCUAUUAAUGAGACGGACACGCCAGCACAGUUGGAAAUGGAGGAUGAAGAUACGAUUGAUGUUUUCCAGCAGCAGACGGGAGGAAACUUCUAGAACAAGUUUUGCCCAGCCCCUCACCCACUGCCUCCACUGUUCAGUUUCCUAUGUUCACCAUCAUCCCCCUUCCCAUACUGUACAUAAAAUAGGGUGGAUGUGUGUGUUAUGCUAGGGGUUAAUUUUUCACUCCUGCCCCAGCUCCCGUUCCUUUUAUCUUUUUUGCUUAAUAUCCUUUCCCAUUCUGGACCAAGUUAAUUUGAGAUGGUGGGUGCUUUGCACAGUCUCCCACUGCGCUCUGGUAUCGCUACGCUGUCUACUUUUAUUCCAGUAAAUUAUUUUUGCGUUCUCUUUUUACAAGCCCGUCAACUCCUUACAGAUACACGACUGCUGUUGCCGAGGUGCCCUACGUGGCAAAAUGUGGCACCUCUGCUGGGUAAUGGGUUAGAAUACUUAAGGAAGCAAGCCCACCACUCAAUUGGUAUAAUUUUUUUUCUUUUCUUUUUUUCCCCCCCUUUCUUUUUAUUAAACUGAUUACGAUUUUAUAACUUUUUGUAUGUAGCUGUUACAUGUAGCUGGGUGAAUAGGAAAAAAAUGUAAAAAGCUGAAAAUUCUUAGGUAGAAAUUCCCUUCCGGCAUCUCGUUGUUUAAAUAAACCUGGUUUAAAAAAAAAA